AUGGACCCCGGUGCGACAAAUGCUGCGGGGGACUCUGCCGUUCUUGUGGCAUGUCAACAACCCGAGUCUUUUGACCAGGAGCCUUUUUGGGACGAGUUUUUCGGCCAUUACUGUGCCUCAAGACCCCAGGAGAUACCAUCGCUUCUCAACAAGCCGAAUUCCACAGAUGCUGCCAGUGAACGAAGUGAAAAGCCGCUGUCUCACAAUGGCGACAUCAUCGAGAUCGUGGGCGGCCCUCCAACGCGAGAAGCUACUUCUCAAGGAGUUCAAGGAAACAUCUCCCGAAAAAACAGUCACAGGAGCGAAACAGAACGCGUCGACGGGGCAGAGACCCAACGGAGACAAGCUACAAAACAACAAGAAGAAACAACACACCCUGAUGUGAUUUGUGCCGAAGGGCGUGACCAGGCGAGUGAUUCGCAGGCCGCUGCAGGUACCCACAGCUCUCGAACUGCACAAAAUGGAGAAAUGCAUGCGAACUAUCUCCCCUCUACAGAAACUGAAAACUCUGUAGAUCCGUUUCCGGAUAACCACGGAGAACACAGAUCUUCGGAAAACCAGCAGACGCCACCCGACACUGAUAAGCCCUCCGCCCGAACAGCCUCGGAGUCUCUCUCCGGCACCGGGACGAGGGAGCGUGAGACAAAUGGAAGAGACGAAGACAGUGCCCUUCCUUCAGGCCAAUGCGGGUACAAAGGACCUAGCACGGGGAACCACAGAGAAUCAGCUGAACAGCCAGGGGCGGACUUGGUGGCCCUUGAUGUCGAGGCACUGGACAAUGAGUACGAGCAAAUGUCCAUCGAAGCUGAAGUUUUGCGAGACGAAUUGAAGCGAGUGAAGGAGGAAAACGCUCGAGUGGAGAAGAAGCUGGCAAUGAAAUUCUCGACGACCGGAGACUUCCCGGUGUAUAGAGCGCAGACUGGCGACCCACGGUUGACAACGCAACAGUACUUCGCUAUGCUCCGAACCCUGGAAGCUACAAAGGAAGAAAAAGAACGGAUAUCGGCGUUGACGGAAGAAAAAAUGCAACAAGAAAACCAGAAGCUGGCAACACACCAGGAGAAGGUCGAAGAGUGCAGAACUGCAUUCAGAGAUUUUCUCCGUAAGGUCGCGAAGAAUUCCCAGAUGGCACGGAGCGGGAAGCCGAUUCCGGAGUCGAUUCUCGGACAACUGAUGCAGCUGGAAGAAGAAAAGACUAGGGCGCUACAGGAGGCGAGGUCUGCAAGUACGAAAUUGAAACAUCAGUUAGAUGUGCUUCACCAGAUGGUUUCAGAAAAUGACAUGCAGGAGCAGUUCCAUGUCAUGGACUUUGAACAACUAAAAAUUGAAAAUCAAGCUCUCAACGAGAAGAUUGUCGAGCGGAAUGAGGAAAUAAAGAAACUCCGAUCCAUAAUCAUGUCGGCUGUCCAGCUGGAGAGACUGCAGGCAAGGCACGCAUACCUGACCUCGCUGAAAACCUCUGGGUCCACGCAGCCAGCAAAAGCAAAAUGA